AUGAUGAUCCAACCCUCGGAUGCGAAAGAUGGGCUGGGAAGCACGAGAGCCAGAGAAGUGAGAUUAGGGGCGGGUGAGAUUAGCAGGGUGGCGAGGGCCUGCGCGAUGUAUGGGCCAUCCGACGACUUGUUACUGUUCUUUAGUGAGCACCAUGCGAAGAAGGUGCAGGUCGGUCAUGGUGUUUACUUACAUAUGCCGGACGCCGAUGAUCCCCUGAGCGAUCCAGUUAUCCCAGGCACUAUCCGAGAGUGCCAUGCGGGUGACGUCUUCUUUAGUGAGAUCCCCAGCCCUCCAUUCCUCGAUCUCAUCGUCGACCUCCCAAUCUUCGUCACUAUACAAUUUAAUAAUUGCUUUGUUACGGAGAAGCACGUUCUUCCAUGUCACCCUCUCAUGCCCUGGAAGUGA